GAGGAUGCGAACUGCGAUACGCAGCAAAAUUCCCGCCAAACAACAUUUCCGACCCCAAAACCUGUUUCCCGGGAAUUUAUUCUAGGUGCAUUUCCCGCCACCCCUCACUCACAAAUCACAAUUCUAUACCCAGAAAGCUCUCUCUUGAACACUCUCAUUCGCGCACGAUCACAAACACACAGAGAGUGAUUAGCAGCAAUGGCACCGUCACGCCGACAGAGCAAUGGCCGGUCGCCACUCGUUAACCCACAGCGUCAAAUCACUUCCUUCUUCUCCAAAGCGUCUCCGUCUCCGUCUCCUUCACCUUCUCCCACUCUCUCCAACUCCAAACAAAGCCCUAAAAUCGCUUCCAAUUCUUUCCCUAAAAACCCUAAUCCCAAUCCCGAUUCUACUCCAAGCCCUUGCCCUUGCUCUAGCCCUACCACCCCUUCCCCUCUCCUAUCCAAGCUCAAGAAGCCCCUCUUAGUCAUCGGCGCGUCUCCCUUAACUCCCCCCGUUAAUAAAUCCUACGGUGAGGAUGCUGUGGGGAGGAGGAUCAAGGUCUUUUGGCCGUUGGAUAAGUCCUGGUACGAGGGUUCCGUGAAAUUUUUCGACAGAGAUGCUAAUAAGCAUUUGGUUCAGUACGAUGACGCUGAGGAGGAAUUGUUGGAUCUGGGGAAAGAGAAGAUUGAGUGGGUCGAAGAGAGCGUGAAGAAGAAAUUCAAGCGGUUGCGGCGGGGUUCUUCAGAUUCCAGGGAGGCGAUGGUUCAGGACGAGGAGGUAGAGAUCGUUAAGGAGGACGAGGGUGUUAAGGGAUAUAAGCGGUCGCGGCAGCGCGGUACGAAGGUGGUGGUCGAAGAUGAGGAGGUGGAGAAUGUAGAGGAGACUGAUGCUGUUAGUGGCGGUGGUGAUGAUGAUUCAAGCGAUGAAGAUUGGGGAAAAAAUAUGGAGGAAGAGAUGAUUGAGGAUGGUGGGGAGGAUAUGCAUUUGGAGGAGGAUGAAGAGAAUGAAGGGCUAACGAAGCCGAAAGGAAAACUUAGAGGGAAUGGCAGCGGGUCGAGGAAGCGGAAGGUCGGUGAGGGAGAGAAGCUUGGGUCUACUAAGAAGAGCAAGAAUGGCGGUGGUGGCCAGGAUACUUGUAAAGGAGGUUUCAAGAUUUCUUUGACGGAGACGCUUAGUAAUGCGGAGAGUGGGAAGGCAUCUAAUGACCUUGGUAAUGCCUUAACGGGCGAUGCUGCAGAAAGGUUUGGUAUGCGUGAGACUGAAAAGUUAUUCUUCCUUGGGGAAGAACGCAGGGAUGCAAAAAGAAGACGUCCUGGUGAUGCAAACUAUGAUCCGAGGACUCUUUACUUGCCUCCUGAUUUUCUAAGAAGUUUGUCAGGCGGCCAGAGACAAUGGUGGGAGUUUAAGUCAAAGCAUAUGGACAAGGUUUUAUUUUUCAAGAUGGGCAAGUUUUAUGAGCUUUUUGAAAUGGAUGCACAUGUAGGGGUGAAAGAGCUUAACUUGCAAUAUAUGAAGGGAGAACAACCGCAUUGCGGAUUCCCAGAAAAGAACUUCUCAAUGAAUGUGGAGAAAUUGGCUAGAAAGGGUUAUCGAGUUCUUGUUGUCGAGCAGACAGAAACCCCUGAACAGCUAGAGCUUCGUCGCAAAGAAAAAGGUUCCAAGGAUAAGGUUGUCAAACGUGAAGUAUGUGCGGUGGUUACAAAAGGAACACUAACUGAGGGAGAGAUGCUGUUAUCAAAUCCUGAUGCUUCUUACCUAAUGGCAGUAGUUGAAGGCACACUGGCAAACCAAAAUGCAGAGCGCGUUUUUGGUGUUUGUGUGGUAGAUGUUGCUACCAGCAGGGUUGUUCUUGGGCAGUUUGUGGAUGAUAAGGAGUGCAGUGCCUUGUGUUGUCUCUUGUCUGAGUUAAGGCCUGUGGAAAUUGUAAAACCUGCAAAACAGCUCAGCACUGAAACAGAAAGGGUACUGAUGAGACACACAAGAAAUCCUUUAGUGAAUGAGUUAGAUCCACUCUUGGAAUUUUGGGAUGCUGAGAAGACUUUGCAUGAAGUUAAAAAUAUCUACAGCCGCAUUGUGCAACAAUCAGUUUCUGGAUCUCUAAAUGAAGCCAAUUUUCAUGGUAUCCAUUCUCACAUGGAGGAAAAUGGGCUGGCUUGCCUACCAGAUGUUCUUUCAGACCUAGUGAGGUCAGGGGAGAAUGGCAGCUGUGCACUCUCAGCUCUUGGGGGCAUUCUUUUCUAUCUUAAGCAGGCUUUCCUGGAUGAAACAUUACUUCGUUUUGCAAAGUUUGAGUUACUUCCUUGCUCUGGUUUUGGUAAUAUUGUCUCAAACCAAUACAUGGUUCUUGAUGCUGCUGCACUGGAGAACCUUGAGAUUUUUGAAAAUGGCAGAAAUGGAGACUCUUCAGGGACACUCUACUCCCAAUUGAACCACUGUGUGACGGCAUUUGGGAAGAGGUUGCUCAAAUCAUGGCUUGCAAGGCCUCUAUUUCGUCCAGAGUUAAUUCGGGAACGCCAGGAUGCUGUUGCAGGUUUGCGGGGAAUUAAUCUAGCUUGUGCAAUUGAAUUUCGAAAAGCAUUGUCCAGGCUCCCAGACAUGGAGCGGUUGCUUGCACGUGUUUUUGCCAUCAGUGAAGCUCAAGGAAGGAACGCCAACAAAGUGGUUCUAUAUGAGGAUGCAGCAAAGAAACAGCUCCAAGAGUUCAUUUCAGCUCUACGCGGUUGUGAGUUAAUGGCCCAAGCAUGUUCUUCACUGGGUGUUAUUUUGGAAAAUGUUGAAUCCAGAGUCCUCCAUCAUCUGUUAACACCCAGUAAUGGUCUCCUUGACAUUCAUUCAGUAAUUAAUCAUUUCAAGGACGCCUUUGAUUGGGUGGAAGCUAAUAAUUCAGGACGUGUAAUACCCCAUGGAGGAAUCGAUACAGAGUAUGACUCUGCCUGUAAAAGAAUCAAGGAGGUUGAGUCUAGUUUAACGAAACACCUCAAGGAACAGCGAAAGUUGCUUGGAGAUGCAUCAAUUACAUAUGUCACAGUUGGAAAAGAGGCAUACCUCUUAGAAGUACCAGAGAGUUUGCGGGGGAGCAUCCCUCCUGAUUAUGAGUUACGAUCAUCUAGAAAGGGCUUCUUCAGAUAUUGGACUCCAAAUAUUAAAAAGUUGUUGGGAGAGCUCUUGCAAGCAGAAUCGGAAAAGGAAUCCAUGCUGAAAAGCAUUUUGCAGAGGUUAAUUGGACGAUUCUGUGAGCAUCAUAAUAAGUGGAGACAAUUGGCUUCUGCUACUGCUGAGCUGGAUGUUUUGAUCAGUCUUGCGAUUGCAAGCGACUUUUAUGAAGGGCCAACAUGCCGGCCGACCAUAAUAGGUUCAUCGAAUCCAGAUGAAGUGCCAUGCUUUUCAACAAAAAAUUUGGGACAUCCUGUACUUAGAAGUGAUUCUUUAGGCAAGGGAACAUUUGUCCCCAACGACAUUACAAUUGGUGGUCCGGGUCAACCCAGCUUCAUCCUUCUCACUGGUCCAAAUAUGGGUGGAAAAUCAACUCUUCUUCGCCAAGUGUGCUUGGCUGUAAUUUUGGCACAGGUAGGGGCUGAUGUUCCUGCAGAAAACUUCGAGCUGUCACCUGUGGACCAAAUUUUUGUUCGGAUGGGUGCCAAAGAUCACAUAAUGGCAGGCCAAAGUACCUUUCUGACUGAACUUUCAGAAACCGCGUUAAUGCUGUCUUCAGCCACUUGCAAUUCGUUAGUGGCAUUGGAUGAACUUGGACGUGGGACAUCAACUGCAGAUGGACAAGCCAUUGCCGAAUCAGUUCUUCAACAUUUUGUACACAAAGUGCAGUGUCGAGGAUUGUUUUCUACCCACUAUCACCGAUUAGCUGUAAACUAUCAGAAAGAUCCCAAGGUUUCCCUGUGUCAUAUGGCAUGUAGAGUGGGAAAUGGGGUUGGAGAUGUGGAAGAAGUUACAUUUCUUUACAGGUUGACACCUGGUGCGUGCCCUAAAAGCUAUGGUGUUAAUGUUGCAAGGUUAGCUGGACUUCCCGAUUCCGUACUUCAAAAGGCUGCUGCGAAGUCUAGAGAAUUCGAGGAUACAUAUGGUAAAGACAAGAAGAAAUUUGAAAAUAACUUAUCCAAUCUAAGUUGGGUUGAUGAAAUGGUAGAACUUGUCCAGAAGUUUGUAGACGUUGCAGAAAAUUUGGGGUGCCACGAGUCUCCUGAGAACGUUGGUCUUAGCAGCCUGACUGAACUUCGACAUAGGGUUCAGAUACUUACACAGAAAAGUUGAACUGCUCGAAAUAUAUGGUUUUGCGAGACUUAGGUGGCGUUCAGCAGAUAAUGAUGUGAAAUCAAAAUCUUUAUCUCGGCCAGUGAUGAUUCCUCACGCCUUCUCCUAAGUCAUUGCCAAUUUUGUUGGACCAAGGUUCUCAAAUUUCAAAACCCGAAGUAAGUUUGAGGUCGUGCUUAAUGGGACCUACUUUAUAGAAAAUGACAUUUCAAAUCCAACCCGAUUGCUUUCAGAAUCUCACCUGUAAAUUGGAGUCACCGACCUUUUUUUGUAUAUAAAUUAUAUUUGAGAAACAACUUGAGUCUUCAUUGUUUAUGUGCCUGGAUUGGAAGGAGUGGCGUUCAUAUUGUAAAAUUCCUUUAUAUCUCA